GCAGCAACGCGUAAGUCAAAGCUCUAGCGCCGUAAAAUCGGGUGCUACUGUACACCGUUAUCCUAACUUACUGUAUAAGCAGGGCUCAAGUACCUUAACAUGAGUAGAUCAAUUUUAAGGUUUUCUUCCGCUGUGAUUCACCCAGGACCUCGCUCGUACAAGUUAUCUUCAGGGAUUUACGUCGGAAUCCGGCGCGCAUCCACCGCAAAAUGCCUCGAACCGCUACAGAUCCGCAGCAUUACGUUAAAAAACCGCAUUGCGGUCUCGCCCAUGUGCCAGUACUCCUCGGUUGAUGGGUUCGCGAAUGAUUGGCACUUUGUGCAUCUGGGCAGCCGAGCGGUCGGAGGCGCCGCCCUUCUCUUCGUCGAAGGUACCGCCAUCUGCCCGGAGGGACGGAUCUCUCCAGAAGAUCUCGGACUCUGGAAGGACGAGCACAUCGCUCCCAUGAGACGAAUUACGAAAUUCAUUUCAGAGCAAGACUGCGUGCCCGGGCUUCAGAUCGCGCAUGCCGGUCGCAAAGGCAGCCAUUCAGCGCCGUGGCGCGGAGACAAACUGAUUCCGCUGGAGAACGGCGGAUGGGAGAGGAUCGCGCCUAGUCCCAUACGCUUCCGUAAAGAGGAGCCGGAACCGGUGGAAAUGACAAAAGACGACAUUCACCGGGAAAUCGAGCACUUCAGGGUCUGUGCGAUACGGGCGUUGGACGCCGGGUUUCAGGUGCUGGAUAUCCACGCGGCCAACGGUUACCUCAUCAACCAGUUUUAUUCUCCAUUAAGCAACGGCCGGACGGACGAGUAUGGUGGAUCGUUUUCCAAUCGCGUUCGGUUUCUGGUGGAAAUUGUACGCGCCGUUCGGUCCGUGUGGCCGAAGGACCUGCCUUUGUUCGUGCGGAUCUCCGCCACGGAUUGGACGGAUGGCGGGUGGACCAAGGAGAAUAGUGUACAGCUGGGAAAGGUUUUGAAGACGGAGGAGGUGGAUUUGAUAGACUGCAUGACGGGUGGGAUCAAUCCCUACGCCAAGAUCCCGGUUGGACCGCUGUAUCAGACGGAGUUCGCCGAAGCGAUCAGGAAGGGCGCUGGAAUUAUGAGCGGUGCGGUAGGGAUGAUUAAUACUCCCGAGGAAGUGGAGGGUGUGAUACGGGGGGCGGAUGUGGUCUUUAUGGCGCGCGGGUUUCUCCGGGAUCCGUAUUUUGUACGACGCGCGGCCGACGCGCUAGGGGCACCUAUGACGUGGAUGGAUCCGUAUCUGGCAGCUGGAGUUUACACAAAAAAGAAAUAAAUUAUGUUGUGUUAGUUAUCAGCGUUUAUCUUAGAUUGGUUUACAAAGCACUUCUGAUUUUUUUAUCAAGGAAAGAUGCAAUGUGGAACAGCAGCAGCUGGAAAAAAAGAAAACCUGCAAUAAUAGUACGAGUAUUGCUUUAAUUCGAUCUUAGUUUGCAUCCAGUACAGUCAGUACUUUUUCAGAAUUUGUUGCGUUAGUUGUUAGUAUG